AUGAAGGACAUUGAGUUGAUUGAACAACAGAAAGAAAACAUUGCUCCGCUAGAUUCAGGCCGUCUGGUUCUGAAACUAGUACCCCACUUACGUGGAUCCAAGUCGAAUAACUCUGACCUCCAACGACAGCGGGACGAUUUCGAGCAACAACUUCAGGACCUUACAGAGUUGGACGAUCCUUUACAAGUAUUUGUCGAUUAUUUAUCGUGGAUGCGUCACCUGUAUUCUCAUCUGAAUGCUCUGCCGGAGCUAGUGAUGUUGCUAGAGCGUGCAACGACUCGAUUUAAAGAUGAUGCCCACUAUCGGAAUGACCCUCGUUUUGUGAAAAUUUGUCUUGAGUACUGUCGUCUAACUGACAUACCUCGAGAAAUGUUGAUAUAUAUGCUGAAGAAAGGCAUUGGCAGCGAUUUAGCGGUGUUCUACGAGGAGUUUGCCCGACAUUUGGAAGUUCAGGGUCAAAUUAGCGAAGCUAAUGAGAUUUAUCAACGAGGUUUGAGUCUUGAGGCUCGGCCAAAGUCUCGUUUAGAGCGCAAUUGGCGCCAAUUCCGUGAACGAGUUGGUAAUUUCAAGGCACCGGUUGUACCGAAACGUCGAUUACUGGGAGAGACUCAAGUGUUGUCUGUACCUACUCCAGUCUCAGCGAAACGCUCGAAAAUGACCAUCUUUCAAGAUGAGCCUGAUUCUGUCCCACUGUUUGUGGAAUCCAUCACAAAUGGCAACGAUGCUCCAGAUCCAUUCCUGAGUGCACACCUUCACGAGCGACUCAAGGAAAAUCAUAUAACUCCUUCGCAAUGGGUCGGUGAAACAAUCAAACAGAAAAUGCCACUCAAUUUAUCAUCAAGGACAAAAAUUCCUGUUUAUGUUGACACUCAACAACCACAAAGGGCGAUGUCAUCGUAUGUUGCUCAUGACUAUUCGAUCGCACACGAUGAAUUUGAUGGCGGUAUCAUUACCAUAUACAAAGUUCCAGGAAAGCACACCGAAAGAAUUCACAUAAAUACCCAGCUUUUGAAGUCAGGUGACAUGGAGAGGUGCCCCUUAGAGGUGAUGAUGGCGUCCACUUUAAUGCUGGUGCCAAAACAAGACAGUCCAACUGAAUGUCUUCGUUACGAGCCUUCAUACGUAGCACCACCGUCACCAACCGUUACAUUUCACGGUCGGGAUUCGCGUCAGGUGGUUCAAAGAAUGUUUGGGGUAGGUGUUGAUCUUCAUGAUUCUUUCGAGGAGGAGGUGGCGCUUAGAGACGCUAACAUACCCGAACAGACUGAAAAUUUUACCGAUUACGUCACUGUAACACUGAUGGCGGCUCCGGUAGUGGAACCAGCAGAUGCCACUAUUCCAACUCAAGAAGACUAUCUCCGGAAACAGUCGACACCUUCAACUGCUCCAGCUUCUCCACGAGACAGCUCCCCUUUUACUAUUGAAACUGCUCAAGAUGCACCCAAAGUACAAGUGUUUGAUAUCGGCGACACCACCAUAAGAGAUAAUCGUCUCCACAAGCUCCAGCCACUGAAUCUUGAAGGAUUUCAUGAUAGAAGCAGUGUGGCAAACGGGAAGGUUGCGAAAUACCAAGCAGCAUUUAAGCUUGGCCAACCCAAACCAGCGCUGCUGGCAGCGCUUAUUGACUUUUGUGGAAACGAUUUGUACGUAAUCAAGCUGGAAUUGGGCGAGGGAGGCUAUGGCACUGUUUAUCUCGUUGAGCUGGCCAUCGGCGAAUUUAAAGCGCUCAAGGCGGAGACGCCAGCACUGAAAUGGGAGUUCUACAUCAUGAAAGAGUUAGAGAAACGAUCAGCAAGUCUGUCAUACUUCGUGAAGCCUUAUGAGCUUUACUAUUUUGCUGAUGAACUGUGGUUGCUAAUGCAAUAUUGUCCUCAAUUUUCUUUACUUGACUUGGUGAAUCUCUCUAGAGAAACAACAGGCAAGUCACUUUCCGAACCAGUUUGUGCAUUGAUUGCCAUUGAACUCCUUCGAGCCGUCAAACUAUUGCAUCAGCUGCAUAUCUUGCACGCAGAUAUAAAACCUGACAAUGUGAUGACCCGUGUGUCGAGUCUGGAGAUGUCAAUAGUAUUGAUUGACUAUGGUAGAGCACUUGAUUUGAGCUUAUAUCCCGAAGGGGCACAAUUUUUACUGCAUAUCGUCAGCAAUGGACUGGAGUGCCUUGCCAUGCAACGACAACAAAGCUGGGGCUAUGAUGCGGACUAUUUUGGGGUAGCUGCUGUCAUCUAUUGUGUUCUUUACAGUGAAUUCAUGAAAGUAUCAGAUUUCGAUGGUGAGGUGAAAUUAGCAUCACCCUUGAAACGAUGGCAUCAAGACUUAUGGGGACCCCUUUUCAAAAGUUUACUCAAUCCUUACAAACAACACGAGCCACAGAUGCCAUUGACCACGAUUGAUUUCCACAUCAAAAGAUUAGAAGCAUGGGUUUCUCACAGACGGGAGGAAAUCAAGGCGAACUUAGAAUCUUUGAAGUGUGAUUUAGCUAAAAAGCGUCGCAAUCAUGAGAACCGUUAA